CGAUAGCGCAGUUAGCGUCCACCAAGUUGCCCCACCUCAAUACUAUAAAUUUGUCAUAAAUUUUCUACGUCACCCGCGAACAACAAAGUCCAUAACUCGUUCGAUUCCGUCGAAAUUCCUUCGUGUAGCUCUCAGACUUUGUUGACGUUCUCGAGAUGGACGACUCUCUCUAUGAUGAAUUCGGCAAUUACCUUGGCCCCGAUCUUGAUGAAGAAGAAGAUGAGGAAUUGAUGGAAGAAGAGGAAGAGGAAGACGAUUACGGUCUUGGAGAGCAAUACGUCGAAGAAGAAGUAGAUCAAGAGGAUCAACAGGAUACAGGAAUGCAAUUGAUGCAUAUUGACGAUGCGCCAAACAACCAGAUCGUCCUUCACGAAGACAAAAACUACUAUCCUUCUGCCGAAGAAGUUUAUGGACCUGGUGUCGAAACGCUUGUGCAAGAGGAGGAUACUCAACCUCUUUCGGAGCCUAUCAUUGCUCCUAUUAAGAUUCGAAAGUUUCAUAUUGCCGAGAAAGAGAUGCCAGCUACCACUUAUAACAAAGAGUUCUUGGUUGAUCUCAUGAAUAUGCCUGAUCUUAUUCGAAACGUCGCCAUUGUCGGUCAUCUUCACCAUGGAAAGUCAUCCUUUGUCGACAUGCUCAUUGCCGAAACUCACGAUAUUCCAGUCAACCCUGAAAAACCUGAACGGUACACUGAUACGCACACGCUCGAGAGAGAGCGAGGCAUUAGCAUCAAGUCUAUGCCCAUGAGUCUCGUAAUGCAAAACGUCAAGGGGAAGUCUUAUCUUCUUAAUGUGUUGGACACUCCAGGCCACGUCAAUUUUGUGGAUGAAGUCACAGCUGCUGUUCGUUUGGUGGACGGUGUUGUAAUCGUCGUUGAUGUUGUAGAAGGAGUUAUGGCCAACACAGAGCAAAUUAUACGACAUUGUAUUCGCGAAAACCUCAAGAUGACUUUGGUUGUCAACAAAGUUGACCGUUUAAUCUUGGAGUUGAAACUACCACCCACCGAUGCUUACUUCAAACUUAGAUAUGUUAUAGAAGAAGUCAACUCUAUCAUAAGAGCAACCGCUGGUGGAGAGCAUAUUAAAAUGGGUCCCGAGCUCGGAAACGUCUGCUUCGCUUCCUCGCAAUUCGGAUGGUGUUUCUCGUUGAAAUCCUUUGCAAAGAUCUAUGCUGAUACAUAUGAUGGAUUCAGCGCAGAAGAGUUUUCAAAACGCUUGUGGGGAGACGUGUAUUUCAAUUCGGACAGACGAACUUUCAGUCGCAAACCACUCGAGCCCAGCAGCAAGAGGUCUUUCAUACAUUUCAUUCUCGAACCUCUUUACAAGCUGUACUCACAGGUCCUUAGCGAAGAAAGCAAAGAGCUGAAGCGAACUCUGUCGUCUCUUGGCAUCUUCUUGAAAGAAAAGCAUUUUAAGCUCAACGUCAAGCCUUUGUUGCAGCUUGUUUUGUCUCACUUCUUUGGACCUUCAACUGGAUUUGUGGAGAUGGUUGUGCAGCACAUACCUUCGCCUGCUGAGAAUGCUGAAGCUAAAGUUCAACAUAUAUAUACUGGUGACCUAGACACAGAAGUUGCCAACGCUAUGAUAAAUUGCGAUGCAGACGGACCUUUGAUGAUUCAUAUUACAAAGCUGUACAAUAAUGUCGAAGCAACCGGAUUUGAUGCAUUUGGACGUGUCAUGAGUGGUACUAUCAAACGUGGUCAAACUGUUCGCGUCUUAGGUGAAGGAUAUUCUAUUGACGACGAAGAAGAUAUGUCACUACAACAAGUUUCAGACGUUUGGAUUAACGAAUCUCGGUAUCGAAUUGAUGUUGACGGUGUUCCAGCCGGUAGUUGGGUACUUCUUGGAGGUGUUGAUAACUCCAUAGUCAAAACUGCCACAAUUACUCAACAGAAGUGGCAUGAAGACGCAUAUAUUUUCCGCCCAUUGCAUUUCCCCACCACUGCUGUACUCAAGGUUGCUGUUGAGCCAGUCAACCCUUCAGAACUGCCCAAGAUGUUGGAUGGUCUGAGAAAAAUUAAUAAGAGUUAUCCUAUAGUGGUUACUAAGGUUGAAGAAUCUGGAGAACGCAUCAUACUUGGCACCGGUGAAUUGUAUCUCGACUGCGUGCUGCACGAUUUGCGACGAUUAUAUGCCGAAAUCGAUCUCAAGGUUGCGGACCCCGUUGUCAGAUUUUGUGAGACUGUCGUGGAAACAUCUGCGCUCAAGUGCUUCGCUGAAACUCCCAACAAAAAGAAUAAGCUCACUAUGAUUGCUGAGCCCUUAGAAAAAGGCCUUGCAGAAGACAUUGAAAGCGGGCGAAUCAAUAUCCGAAUGCCUGCCAAGGAUUUGGGUAAACACUUAGAACAAAAAUACGAAUGGGAUAUAUUGGCGGCACGAUCAGUUUGGGCAUUUGGUCCAGAUGAUAAUGGCCCUAAUGUUCUUAUGGACGACACACUUCCCUCUGAAGUUGACAAGAAGCUCCUCGGAUCAGUCCGUGACUCAAUAAGACAAGGUUUCCAAUGGGGUACACGCGAAGGUCCAUUGUGCGAAGAACCCAUUCGAAACGUUAAAUUCAAGAUUCUUGAUGCUACUUUAGCCCAGGAGCCCAUUUACAGAGGCGGCGGUCAAAUCAUUCCUACUGCAAGGCGUGUGUGCUAUUCUUCGUUUUUGAUGGCAACACCGCGCUUAAUGGAGCCUGUAUACUAUGUCGAAAUUCAAGCACCAGCAGAUUGUGUCUCAUCGGUGUAUGCUGUGCUUCAGAGAAGAAGAGGCCACGUCACUCAAGACAUUCCAAAGCCCGGCUCUCCUCUCUACACAGUUAAAGCCUACAUCCCUGUUAUAGAUUCCAAUGGUUUUGAAACAGAUUUACGAACACAUACACAAGGACAAGCUUUCUGUCAACAGAUCUUUGACCAUUGGCAGAUUGUUCCAGGUGAUCCUCUGGAUAAAUCGAUACAACUGCGACCGCUUGAGCCUAGUCCUGCUCAACACCUUGCUCGCGACUUCAUGGUAAAGACACGAAGGAGAAAGGGUCUUAACGAAGACGUUAGCAUCAACAAAUACUUUGAUGAUCCUAUGUUGCUUGCACUUGCCCAGUCAGACGUAUUAGGCGUCAGUCUUUAGAUCCAUUGUAAUAAAGCCGCAAAAUUUUUUCAUGUCAUG